CGCCGAGCGCUCUCUUAUUUAUUUCCUCUCCCCGCUCAUUCCCUCCAGUAAUCUUUUCAGAACCUCCUCUCAUAGCUAUUUUUCAUCUCACUCAUGGCGUCCAUGGCUACCUCUUCCCUCUCCUCGGCGUCCAAAUCCCUCCUCUUCGAACACAACCACCAUCACUUCCCCUCCAUCCUCGGCACCCCCCUUCCCACGCGCGUUACCUCCACCUCCGCCUCGUCCCCAAAUCGCUCCCUCUCCAUCUCCGCCAAAUACGACCUCCAAUCCUUCCGCUUCCAACCCAUCCGCGAAUCCAUCGUCUCCCGGGAGAUGCCCCGCCGCUACAUGACGGACAUGAUCACCUACGCCGACACAGACGUCGUUAUCAUCGGCGCAGGCUCUGCCGGCCUCUCCUGUGCCUACGAACUCUCCAAAGACCCCUCCAUCCGCGUCGCCAUCGUUGAGCAAUCCGUCUCCCCUGGCGGCGGAGCCUGGCUCGGCGGCCAGCUCUUCUCUGCCAUGGUGGUCCGCAAGCCCGCCCACCUCUUCCUCGACGAAGUCGGUGUCCCUUACGACGAAAACGAGUCCUACGUCGUCGUCCGCCACGCCGCCCUUUUUACCUCAACCAUCAUGGCGAAGGUUCUCGCCCGCCCGAACGUGAAGCUGUUCAACGCCGUGGCGGUGGAGGAUUUGAUCGUGAGGGAAGGGAGGGUGGGUGGGGUGGUGACGAAUUGGGCGUUGGUUUCGAUGAAUCAUGAUUCGCAGAGUUGUAUGGAUCCGAAUGUGAUGGAGGCGAGGGUUGUGGUGAGUUCGUGUGGACAUGAUGGGCCGUUUGGGGCGACCGGUGUGAAGAGGCUCAAGGGGAUUGGAAUGAUUGACGAGGUGCCGGGGAUGAAAGCUCUUGAUAUGAACGCGGCGGAGGAUGCUAUCGUUAGGCUGACAAGGGAGGUCGUGCCCGGUAUGAUUGUUACAGGUAUGGAGGUGGCGGAGAUCGACGGGGCUCCGAGGAUGGUAAGUCUCCGGCGAUUUCAGGGACCGACUUUUGGAGCGAUGAUGAUCUCUGGACAGAAGGCGGCGCAACUGGCGCUUAAGGCUCUGGGGAGGCCAAAUGCGAUCGACAAGACCGUUGGAUCGGUGCAUCCGGAGAUCGUAAUAGCGUCAUCAGACGGCCGUGAUGUUGUCGACGCUUAAAUAUCUAUUGGAACUUGUUCAGAAAUAAAGAUCGGGAGCAUUGUGUGAAUCGUGUCCUGAUUAUGAUGUGGUGUGAUAUGAAAACUGUGGACCACUCGUCCCCACAAAUGAGUCUCGUGAAUCGUUUUCGCUCUUUUUCUUGUUGUCAGCUUGUAGCUUCUUUAUAUCAUUUUGAAUCUUUGAUUUGAGAUAAAGACACCUUUUUUUUUUUUU